AUGUCUCACUUCGCCAGCCUUUCGGAAGUACCACCAGACGCCGCCUUCGCCCUCAUUGAUGCAUAUAAGGCGGAUCAUUCACCGUUGAAAGUUGAUCUUAGUCCUGGCUUCUAUCGUGAUGAGGAUGCAAGACCCUGGAUCUUACCAUCAGUGCAAAAGGCCAAACAAGAAUUACUAACGGACCCGACAGCUAACCACGAGCAUAUACCUAUUCUGGGCCAUAUUGAACUACUCGACGGUGCCCAAAAGCUUGUGUUCGAUACAACACCUGAGGAUGCAAGCACCAUCGCAUCCAUUCAGACCAUUGCGGGCACUGGGGCAAAUCACCUAGGCGCUUUGUUUUUAGUGCGAAAACUAUCCAACCUCGAACAGUCUGGAUUUCGGAUCCCAGUUGGAUCAAUCACGAAGAAAUUUGGAAACUUGCACAUUCCGAUAUCCAACGUCGGAAGACGAGACUUCACAAAAGAACAGUGGAAGGCCGUCGCGGGUAUUUGUGAACAGAAAAGGCUUAUUCCGUUCUUUGAUCUUGCCUACCAGGGUUUUGCAACUGGGGAUUUGGGCGAAGAUGCUUGGUCCUCAUUCUCCAAAAGUUUUGGUCUCUAUGGAGAGCGUAUAGUGGCAGCACGAUUUGCUCCGGAUGAGCGACCGCAUGAGAUCGAUGCGACAAAGGCUAGUAAACGAACUUCAAAAACGCCAAACUCCAGGCGAAUGGGAUCAUAUAUUAACAGAUUUAACAUUACAGAGAUUGGGAUGUUUUCGAUGACAAAUAUGCAACCGAACCAAAUCCGCAUUUUGCGAGAAGAGUACCACGUGUAUCUCCUGCCCUCGGGAAGAAUAUCUAUGACAGGCUGUUGGUGCUAA